CAAAAAUCAACUAUUAGUGGUGGCUAAAAUCAAUACGGAGAAAGAGAGUAUAGCAACUGUUCAAUAACACGCACAAUGACUCUAUGAUGAAUAAAUUAUUUUUAGGCUAAAGAAACGUAAUACAGAUGAAUCACCUACAUUAAAAUUUAUGAUAAAACAGUCGACCGUUCAUAUAUAUUUUUUCUUUAUAUAGUGUUUGUAACUAAUAAUAAUAUUAUGUAGAAAAUGUUAGCAUAUAAAAUUUGUAUUUCAAAGAUCAAUAAUGUCAAUACAACAGAAAUGUAUUUAUAUGAUCAAUAAUUCAAGUCCGACAUUAUGAUAAUAAUAUGGUAUCUUUUAGAAGAAAUAUAGUAUAGCAUAAACGUUUCAUAUUGUCAAUCGUUUAAAAUAUGUCUUAUUUGUCGUUCGUCAGUUUAUUUUAAAGAUGUUGCAGCUCUAGAAGUAUUGCAAAAAAUAAAACAUUUGGGCAAAUUAUUUUGCAAAUAAUUUUAUCUGUACAGUUAAUUGUGCACAUACAGUGAAAAAAUUUUAGUAAAGUUGAUAUAAAUAAGAGAUAUAACGUGAAAUAAACAAUGCACGUCUUGCAAUUAACUUUUAAGAUUCUAACAAUCGUUGGAUGUUGGCGACCGAAAUCAUGCUCGUCAUUUUAUUUACGCUUAAUAUAUGAUGCAUAUACAGUUUUUAUGAUUAUAUUAUUAUACACAUUUUUGGUGUCGCAAUUUUUGGACAUUAUUUGGAAUGUUGACAAUGCCAAAGACUUUACGGAAAAUUUCUACGCCACCCUGGCAUCGGUUGUUUCGUGCUCUAAAAUGCUUAGUUUGUUAAUAAAUCGAAAAAAUAUUAAUAAGUUAACCAACGUAUUUCUUGAGAGGCCGUACAGACCGUCAGAGAUGGACGAAAUGAAGAUUCGAUAUAAAUUUGAUAGACACAUAUAUAUCAACACGCUCUAUUACACGAUUUUGGUGCAAACAACUGGCGCGUGUUAUAUCAUAACAUCCUUAUUGACGGUGUUCAGAAAAGGAAAUCUAACAUAUAGAGCAUGGCUACCGUAUGACUAUUAUUCGUCUACUAUUGUAUAUUGUCUUACGUAUGCUCAUCAACUUAUUAGCCUGGCGAUUGGAUCGCUGGUCAAUGUGGCUUGUGACAGUCUGAUUUGCGGACUGUUGGUGCACGUUUGCUGUCAGAUCGAGAUUUUAGAAUGCCGACUAAGCAAAAUAUCGAACAAUUAUGAUACUCUUUGCGAUUGUAUACGUCAUCACAUCAGUAUAUUGGAGUUAGUUGUUUAUCUGAAAAUAUUUUAUAUAUUUAUUAAAAAAGUACAAUGUAACUGAACGCACAUUAAUAAGAAAAUAGUUUUUUCUUUUGUGUGUGUGUGUGUGUGUGUGUGUGUGUGUGUGUGUGUGUGUGUGUGUGUGUGUGUGUGUGUGUGCGUGUGUGUGUGCGUGCGCGCGCGCGCGCGCGCGCGUGCAUGCGUAUGUUGCAUGUACCGUUUUGAUUUGAAGUAUUUUUGAUAUAACGUUCGUCUACAUAUUUUUAUUCAAAUUAAGUAAUGACAUAACAAUCUUAUAACUUAACACUUCACAUCGUAAAUUCCGAUAAUGUAACAUGUAUAUUUUCUGAUAUUGCAACUAUUAUAUUAUAACAAUUACAUUGUUAAGUAAAAUGAUAACAUUAAUAUUAAAUUACUGUUAGUUAGUGUUUAUUAGAUUGUUACAUAUCUUUUAUUUUAUAUUGCAAUUUUUUUUGAAAAAUUUUAAAAUUAUAAUUAAUAUUGUUUAUGUAACAUAUAUUUUAUAGGUAUGCACUGAAAUUAAACAAUAAUUUCAAAA